GAGGAGCGCGGGGGGAUGAAGCAGGGGAAGGGGGGGAGGAAUGGGCUGCUGCCGAGCUCGCUGCGGAUUAUAUCGUCCUGCCUCAAGACGGUCUCGUCCAACGCCGGCUCCGUCGCCUCCACGGUGCGCUCCGCCGGGGCCUCCGUCGCCGCCUCCAUCGCCCCCCAGGCCGAGGACGAGAAGGACCAGGUUUUGUGGGCUGGAUUUGACAAAUUAGAGCUUCGUGCGUCAUCUUUCAAGCAUGUUCUGCUCGUUGGCUACUCUAACGGGUUUCAAGUGCUUGAUGUUGAGGAUGCUGCAAAUGUUUGUGAAUUGGUCUCAAAACGCGAUGGUCCAGUUACCUUUUUACAAAUGCAACCCACACCACUUUACUCUGAAGAAACUGAAGGAUUUAGGGCAUCACAUCCUAUGCUUCUGGUUGUUGCUGGGGAUGAGACAAAUGGCUUGGGUAUGGUUCAGGGUGGUCGUUUAAGUGCACUGAUCAGGGAUACAAGCACUGAACCUCAAUCUGGAAACUGCAUUUCUACCCCAACAGUUGUUCGCUUCUACUCUUUGAAGUCUCACACCUAUGUACAUGUUCUCAGAUUCCGGUCUGCUGUAUAUAUAGUUCGUUGCAGCCCCCGGGUUGUGGCCGUAGCACUUGCAGCGCAAAUCUACUGCUUUGAUGCUGUAACUCUUGAGAACAAGUUCAGCGUCUUAUCAUAUCCUUUACAAGGGGCACCUGGAGCAAACAUUGGGUAUGGUCCAAUGUCUGUUGGCUCAAGAUGGUUAGCUUAUGCUCCCAAUGGUCCUGUAUUAUCCAGCACUGGUCGUCUGAGCCCACAGAACCUCACACCUUCUCCAGGAGUGAGCCCAUCUACUUCUCCUAGCAAUGGAACCUUAGUUGCUAGAUAUGCAAUGGAGUCCAGUAAGCAAAUAGCUGCUGGUAUAAUCAAUCUUGGUGAUGUGGGGUACAAAACACUGUCAAAGUACUGCCAAGAACUGCUGCCUGAUGGUUCUAAUUCUCCUCUGUCAUCAAGUCCAGGAAGGAGAUCCGGCAAACUUCCCUCCACUGUGCAUCCACUUGAAGCUGACAAUGCGGGAACGGUUAUCAUCAAGGAUGUUACCUCCAAAGUUGUUAUAUCACAGUUUAGGGCUCACACCAGUCCUAUAUCUGCUCUUUGUUUUGAUCCUAGUGGAACCCUUUUGGUCACAGCCUCUGUUCAUGGCCACAACAUAAAUGUUUUCCGGAUCAUGCCAACCUGCAUUGCUAAUGGCUCAGGUUCAAAACGAUAUGAUUGGGCAUCAUCUCAUGUUCACCUUUACAAACUGUAUCGUGGCAUGACAGCAGCGGUCAUACAGGACAUAUCUUUUAGUCAUUUUAGCCAGUGGGUAUCUAUUGUUUCAGCACGAGGCACUUGCCAUAUUUUUACAUUGUCUCCAUUUGGGGGUGAUUCAAGUUUGCAGCCACAGAAUUCUCACAGUGACGGGCCGCCUCUUGCUCCAUGUCAGUCAAGGCCAUGGUGGUCAAAGCCAUCAUUUCUUAUGGAUCAACAGCUUCAUCCUGUGCCAUCAACUGUGACAAAUUCGGUGGUCAGUAGGAUAAAAAACAAUGGUUCUAGUUGGCUAAAUACAGUCAGCAACGUGGCUGCUUCUGCAAGUGGAAAACUAUCAGUGCCAUCUGGUGCUAUAACUGCUAUUUUUUACAAUUCCAUUUACAAAGGUUCUCUGCCGGCUCCGUCGAAGGCUAAUGCUUUGGAGCAUUUAUUGGUGUAUUCACCGUCUGGUCAUGUUAUUCAACAUGAACUUCUGCCUUCUUCGGGUUCUGAAUCCUCUGAUAACAGCCCAACAGUUGGGCCUGGCAGCCAUUUGCAGCUCCAAGAUGAUGAGUUGCAUGUUACCGCUGAGCCAGUUCAAUGGUGGGAUGUUUGUCGUCGGACAAACUGGCCUGAAAGAGACCAGGACAUUGCAAAUGUUGUAUUCCACAACCAACUAAACAGGAUGAUGACACCGGACACUUCUGACUGUGAGGAUAGUGACCAUUCUGAUUUCACUCCAUCAAAUGAUGGUGUAUCCAGAAAAGAGGUUAUGAAAGUUAAAGAAAGAUCAAGCUGGUAUCUCUCAAAUGCAGAGGUUCAGAUAAGCUCAUGGCGGAUUCCCAUAUGGGAGAAGUCUAAGAUUUGCUUCUACGUGAUGGAUCAUCCUGCUACAGAGUCAGGGGAAGCUGUUAGCGUUCAUGGUGGGGAAAUUGAGAUUGAAAAGCUGGCUCUUCAUGAGGUUGAACUCAGGAGGAGGGAACUGCUCCCUGUGUUUAAGCAGUUCCACUAUCCUGAGCAAAAUAGCAACCUUGCAAGCCGACAAUUUCAGAAUGCAUUAUCCGCCAUUGACAACACACAGUAUAGCUCGGCAAAGGAUAGUGAUGCAUAUGGACCCAAACCAGUGCCUCAUAUAUCUGGAUUUUACACUGAUAUGAGAAAAACAGAGAACAUGAAUGGUUUAGCUGGGCAGUUAUUUUCUGGACCUAUUCCUGCUGUGGAUAUGCUGCCAAAGGAAAAGUGCAAUUCUAUUGGAUCUCCUGAAGCUAGAAAUUUGACUGCCAAUCACAAAGUAGAUAAUGGGAGCAUUGGCUAUGUGUCUACACCAAAUGGAACAAAUGCAUCCACCAUCAUGCCUCAGUCUAUAGAGGGUGUGGAUUGUUUACCAUCACACAUCAGACCAUUGAGCAACUAUUCCCUCUUGGAUGGACCUCUUGAUAAUGGAUCACCUUCUCCCGCAAGUAACGAAUCAUGCGGGCCUGAAAUAACCAAUAAUUCUCUAGUCAGCAAUGGUGCCAUUACUGAUAUCCCAAGUGGAGGUCACACGGGCGUCAAUUCUGGACAGAAUGAAACACCUGGUUCUCAGAACUCUGGAGAGUUUACCCAGUAUUUCCAAGAGGGCUAUUGUAAAAUAUCAGAACUCGAUGACUGCCGUGAGUUAACUGAAGCUGUUACUGAUGCUGACAGCAGCAGCAGCCACUGUGAGAGAGAGAAGCCCGAGGAAGAUGGGGACAACGAUGACAUGCUUGGAGGGGUUUUCGCCUUCAGUGAAGAAGGUUGAACUUACUAUACUGCUUUACUUGGGAUAGAUAAUGGUAAACAGUUGCCACACCAUUCAGUGUGCAAUAUUAUGUAGAAAAUGGUGGAAUUCUAGUAGGCUUCCGUGGAAUAAAGUUGUGCCGCGUCGAUAAUCUAAUGUUUGGUACAUAUUUGGAAGGUGAAGUUUGCGCUCCAUGUUUAUUUGCCGGAAGAGUUCACUCUGGAGUUUGAGUCGAAGAUCCCUCCAGGCAAUUUACUAAUCCACGGAAGGAAGGGAGUUUGGUGUUUGUCGAGAAGCUGCCACUGCCUGCCGCGACACUUGGCCCGCCCUUUUUCUGUUUGCUUUGUACAUACUGUAAGACCCAUUUGUUUCGUGAGAUACACUUCUGGGACAUUUGGAUGGUCUGAAACCCUGGCGAGCCAUAUUUGUUGACUGCUUCCUGCCAGGGCCUGUGAAUGUUCCAUGUUUAUUUGUACAUACUUUCAUGUUUUAUUAAGAGAAAGGAAUGCUGGCAACGAUUAAUGUGACAUAACUGUAUAAACAUUCAGUGAAAGAUUUCUGUUUACGAAGUCG